AUGGAGGGCUGCGGCGCGGGCCCCCCAGGACGCCGGGGUCAACUCACCCAUCGCCCGCUGGGUCUCAGCAGCGGCGGCAGCAGCGGCGGCGGCGGCUCCGCGGCCCCCGGGGCCGCCGGCGGGGAGAUGCUGGCGUCCGCCGCAGCCUCUCGCCCCAUCCCGGGCUCCGGCGGCGGCUGCGGCGGGCGUCCGGCAUCGCAGGCGGCGCGCCCCGGCCCGCCCGAUCCCGCCCCCACCCACCUCCGCCCGUCCCGGGCCCGCGCGGGCCGCUCGGCUGCACCCCGGGGCGGCGCGGGCCCGGCCGAGGCGGACGGGCGCGGGGAGGACCGCGGCGGCGCGCGGGUGCGGCGCGAGGCGAGCGCCGCGCGGAGGCCCCGCCGGCCGCGCCGCUCCGGGCCGGGGGCGCCUCGCACCGCAGACUCCGGCCGCCGCCGCCGCGCCUCCCGCGUGUGCUCGGAUCAGAGCUGCUGCUGCCUGGCCCCACCAGGGAGCCGCAUUCCGCCCUCCCUGGGUCAUCUCACUCCUGGCCCUGGGUCUCAGGUGGGACAUCUCCUGACCCACGCCAUGAAGGCCAAGCACCACCUGCCAGGCCCCAGUGGGCAGGGAGCGUGGCGGAGCAGUGGGCAGAGAGAGCCGGCUGCAGUCCGGGCCCUACCAGCUGGGCCAGGCUCCACGCUCAAAGUCUGUAGAGCUGGCAUGAAAGAGGCUGCCCGAGAGCGAGUCGGCGGGACGGCACCAGGUGGGCUCCAGAGGGCUAAACAGAAAGCAGCCCUUUGGAAAGACCGGCGCACCAACCCCCUUACUGUCAGUGUCACUCCUCCCUUUUGUGGUUUCCACACAACCACCCACUGGAAUCCCUUCCAGAGGCUACACUUCCCAGCCUUCAAGAUGGCCGCCUGCAGUCUGCAACCCUUUGUGGAAAAUAAAGCUCUCCUUUCCAAAUAGUCUCGCUCUGUUGCC